AUGAACUUGCCUUGCCGGUUCCUUUCCGUCAAGGGGUCCCUAAGCCACCGCUUGCUGGUGCUCCGGCGCGUCCUCUGCGAGCUACGGGCUGGAGCUGGAAGAGGAGGCAUGAAUGCGAUCGUGCUGGAAAUUGAUGUUGAAAGCAUCCAAGCUUGUUGGCUUGCUCUUCCGUUUCUACCUCGCGUUUGCCAGGGUUGUGCGAAUAUCCAUACGAGGGCAGUAGGAACAAUGAGCCGUCCGUUGGUUGCUUCUUGUUUCCUCCUCAUUUUGCUGCAACUUUGUGGAUCGAGCUUCCAGCACAGGCACGUCCUCUCUCGUUUGAGAACUGAUCGCGCUUUGAUUGGUCUCAAUGAGUCUGCCUCCGUCCAAGUUUAUCCUCAGCUACUCGGACUUAAGUGGGGGUAUGUGGGAUAUGUCACUGUGAAAUACCAAAGGUCUUCUGGAGCUAGCAAUGACGACUGGAUUGGUGUUUUCUCGCCAUCAAAGUUCAACGCGUCGGCUUGCUUGGACGAUUAUAAUGGUCCAAAUAGGGAAUAUCCUCCGAAUUUGUGCACUGCUCCCAUCAAGUUCCAAAAUGCUUCCGCUUCACCCGACUACGUCAGCACUGGCAAUGGACAAAUCGCGUUCCGUCUUAUCAACCAACGCUCUGACUUUGUGUUCGCUCUGUUCACUGGCGUUCAUACUCCGGUGCUCAUUGCUGUGUCCAGCCCAGUCACCUUUGCGCACUUAAAGAUGCCUUUAUACCCAAGACUAGCUCAAGGACAAUUUUGGAAUGAGAUGACUGUAACGUGGACUAGUGGUUAUCGAACCAGCGAAGCGAUUCCGUUCGUUUCGUAUGAGGUUGCGGAUCACAUUGCACUUCACAAGAUUCCGUCAUUCUCUCCGGCUAGCACACUUUCAUUGUCUCGUGGAGACAUGUGUGGACCUCCAGCGUCCACUGUUGGCUGGCGUGAUCCCGGCCAAAUUCAUACUGGAUCAAUGAAGGAUUUAUUGCCCAACACAAGAUAUAGCUAUCGCGUUGGUCAUAAGUUAUCAGAUAACUCGGUCGUGAUGAGUCCGAUUAAAUAUUUUAAGUCUCCUCCAUUUCCUGGUGAAGAGUCGUUGCAACGGGUUGUCAUCUUUGGAGAUUUGGGAAAGCACGAAAGAGAUGGAUCAAUGAUGUACGAUGAUUUCCAGUUUGGCUCACUGAACACAACCGACACGAUCACAAAAGAAAUAGACAACAUUGACAUUAUUUUCCACAUUGGAGACUUAUCCUAUGCAACGGGGUAUAUUUCUCAAUGGGAUCAGUUCACGGAACAGAUUGAAGGAAUGACUUCACGUGUCCCUUAUAUGACGGCCAGUGGAAAUCAUGAACGGGAUUGGCCUAACUCUGGUUCCUUUUAUAACACAACGGACUCCGGAGGCGAGUGUGGGGUGCUUUCAUCAACUGUGUUCAACAUGCCUGUCAAGAACAGGGAAAAGUUCUGGUAUUCGACGGAUUAUGGGCUUUUACACUUCUGCAUUGCCGACUCGGAGCACGACUGGCGCAAAGGAAGCGAGCAGUACAAGUGGAUCGAAGAAUGCCUUGCUAGCGCGGACAGGCAAAAGCAGCCAUGGUUGAUAUUCAUCGCUCACCGUGUCCUUGGCUACUCUUCGUGGUACGUAGCCAGCGAGAACACUACUGCAGAGCCAUUUAGCAGGGAAAGCCUGCAAGGUUUGUGGCAAAAGUACAAGGUGGACAUCGCCUUCUACGGCCACGUCCACAACUACGAGCGAUCCUGUCCAGUUUAUGACGAGGUUUGCGUUACCAAUGAGACCAAUGUUUACUCUGGGAAAUUCAAUGCAACGAUUCACGUAGUCGCGGGAGGUGCUGGGGCUUCACUCACGCCGUUCCCGUCGCCAACGCCGGCAUGGAGCGUGAAGCGUGACUAUGACUAUGGUUACACAAAGAUCACGGCGUUCAAUCGAUCAUCGCUGCUGUUCGAGUACAAGAAGAGUUCGGACGGCCAAGUUUACGACAGUUUCUGGAUCCACAGGGAGUUCAAAGACGUGCUCGGCUGUGACGCUGCAAACGUGUUUUGUCCUCAAGUGACAUCCGCGAUUUAAUAGAGAUACUUCUUCCUUAUUAUUUCA